UUUUCCUGAUCAUUCAAACAAAGUCCUACCCAACAUUUCUCUUCUUCUAAAAUACCCAGUAAUCUCUUUGUUUCACUCUCUCCUUUAGCACAACCACAAAUGGCAGAAGAGGAAGUGAAUUUGAGUGAGGUCAGUGCUCCAUUUCGUCAGGUCCUUUUUAUCUCUGCUGGUGCUAGCCAUUCAGUUGCUCUUCUUUCUGGAAAUAUUAUUUGCUCUUGGGGACGAGGGGAGGAUGGACAGUUAGGCCAUGGGGACGCAGAGGAUCGACUUUUGCCAACACAAUUGAGUGCCUUAGAUGGACAUGACAUAAUAUCUAUUACUUGUGGAGCUGAUCACACAAUUGCAUAUUCGUUGUCAAGUGCAGAAGCCUAUAGUUGGGGAUGGGGUGACUUUGGAAGACUUGGUCAUGGAAAUUCUAGUGACUUGUUCACUCCUCAACCUAUAAAAGCAUUACAUGGUCUGAGGAUAAAACAAAUUGCUUGUGGAGACAGCCAUUGUUUAGCUGUGACAAUGGAAGGCGAUGUGCAGAGUUGGGGAAGAAAUCAAAAUGGUCAACUUGGUCUUGGAACCAUUGAAGACUCUCUAGUGCCUCAAAAGAUUCAAGCCUUUCAGGGUAUUUCUAUCAAAAUGGUUGCUGCUGGUGCUGAACAUACUGCAGCUGUUUCAGAAGACGGUAACCUUUAUGGGUGGGGCUGGGGACGAUACGGUAACUUAGGCUUAGGUGACAGAAACGACCGCUUAGUUCCCGAGAAGGUUUCUUCUUUCAAUGAGGAGAAGAUGAAUAAGGUUGCUUGUGGAUGGCGGCAUACCAUAUCGGUCUCUGAUACCGGUGGAUUAUACACUUAUGGAUGGAGUAAGUACGGUCAACUCGGACACGGGGACUUUGAGGAUCAUCUCGUUCCUUUCAAGGUGGAAGCUUUAGCUGACAGUUUUACUAAGCAGAUAUCAGGUGGAUGGAGACAUACAAUGGCACUCACGUCCAGUGGAAAACUCUAUGGCUGGGGAUGGAACAAGUUUGGACAGGUCGGGGUCGGCGAUAAUGCCGAUAUGUGCUCUCCUGUGCAAGUUAAAUUUCCUAAUGAGCAGAAAGUAGUUCAGGUUUCGUGCGGGUGGAGGCACACACUUGCGAUUACUGAAGGGAAAAACGUCUUCUCCUGGGGAAGAGGUACAAAUGGACAGCUUGGGCAUGGAGAAUCAGUGGACCGGAAUUUUCCAAAGAUUAUAGAGGCUUUGAGUGUUGACGGUUCCAGCGGGCAACAGAUAGAAUCUUCAAAGCUUGAUCCGUUGUCAGGUAAAUCCUGGGUUUCUCCAGCGGAGCGAUAUGCUGUUGUCCCUGGGGAAAGUGGACGGACAGUUAAUUCAGAAGAGGGGAAUGGCGGUGACGUGAAUGUCCCUCAGAGUGAUGCGAAGCGUAUGCGUACGUGAUUCCUUGCACCAGAAUGAGCUGCCAUUAGAAAACCCUGAAACUUGCAGCUUCGAGUCUGGAUGAAAUGAAAAUGCCAAGCCUCACGUCCUUUAGCCUUCCGUCAUAAGUUGAACCACUUCUUAAAUAAUAUGGUGAUCAUGUCUGCUGCCAUACUGCGAAUCCUCGAAAGUUGAUGCCGUCUUACUGAUUAUAACAUAAAUCGUCUUUCUGC